CAAAAGUCGCCAUAUUUGAAUUACGUAACACACGUCAGUCCAGUUCAAAGUUUAUGAGGCGAGGCAGGGCCGUUCUUGCACAGCAACUGGGGACGACGACCUCGUUGAGCUUGAGCGUUCUGCAUCCAUUUCUGCUGCAGCUGGAUCGUGCGAAGCAGAACCAUGAGUUCCGACAUGCAGAAAAUGCUCCACGAAAAUGUCUGGGACUCGGAUCCCGAACUUUUUGAGCUGAUGAAGAAAGAGAAGCAGAGGCAGCUCAAUGGACUGGAGAUGAUUGCUUCUGAGAACUUCACAUCCCUUUCUGUACUGCAGUGCCUAUCUUCUUGCCUGCACAACAAGUAUUCAGAGGGUCUUCCUGGUGCUAGGUAUUAUGGUGGCAAUGAGUUCAUUGAUCAGGUGGAGCUUCUAGCUCAGAAACGCUGCCUCGAGGCCUUCAGGCUGGACCCCAACGAAUGGGGUGUCAACGUCCAACCCUAUUCCGGAUCACCCGCUAACUUUGCAGUGUACACAGCUCUUGUUCCUCCUCAUAGUCGUAUCAUGGGUCUUGACUUGCCUGAUGGUGGCCAUCUGACUCAUGGUUACUUCAACAACAACAAAAAGAUCUCUGCAACAUCAAUUUAUUUUGAGUCAAUGCCCUACAAGGUGAACCCUGAAAGUGGUUUGAUCGACUAUGACAAACUAGAAGAAACAGCAAAGCUUUUCAAGCCCCAGGUCAUUAUUGCAGGAAUAAGCUGUUACUCCAGGUGUUUGGACUACAAGCGUUUCCGUGAAGUUGCUGAUCAACAUGGAGCAUACCUCUUCUCAGACAUGGCCCAUGUCAGUGGUUUGGUUGCUGCUGGAAUCAUUCCAUCACCUUUUGAGUACAGUGAUGUUGUCUCGACUACUACACACAAAACCCUACGAGGACCCAGGGCCGGAGUUAUUUUCUUCCGUAAAGGACUUCGUAAUAUUGGGAAGAAUGGGGAAAAGGUCAUGUGGGACUUGGAGGCGAGAGUAAAUCAAGCAGUGUUCCCCACUCUGCAGGGUGGCCCUCACAACCACCAAGUUGCUGGCAUUGCCACAGCUAUGAAACAAGCCAAGUCACCAGAGUUCAAGAAUUACCAAGAACAGGUAGUGAAGAAUGCGAAGAAAUUGUGUUCAGGUCUCCAGGAGGCAGGCUACAAAAUUGCAACUGGUGGCACCGAUGUUCAUCUUGUAUUAGUUGAUUUGAGAAACACUGGUUUGUCUGGUGCCAAAGCAGAAUUUGUUUUGGAGGAAAUGCACAUUGCUUGCAACAAGAAUACUGUACCAGGUGAUAAAAGUGCAUUGAACCCAAGUGGUAUCAGAUUGGGAACACCUGCUUUGACUACUAGAGGCUUUGUGGAGAAAGAUAUGGAAAAAGUUGUUGACUUGAUUCAUAGAGGAUUGCAACUCGGGAAAGAAGUUAUGGUUGCAUCUGGUCCGAAGUUGGUGGACUUCAAGAAAGAGCUUCUGGAGAAUCCAAAGUUUUCACCCAAGAUGCAGCAGUUGAGAAAAGAGGUCCAUGACUUUUCAAGUCAAUUCUCCCUGCCAGGACUGAAGGAGUAUUAAUCUCUACAUGUCAUUUCCAAAAGGCCCACAUUUGGUCAUGACUGCUUGAAUUUGAGACUGUCAGUGAUAUUUUUAAGUACCUGUGACUUUUCACAUUUUUCCAUUCCUUUAUAUGUAUGCUGCUUUUUAAAAAAAUGUGCCAUUUUAAAAUCAAUGAAAUAAUAUAAGGACGUUUUAUA